UGAUAAGGCAUAUCUGGAGCAAAAGGGGAGCAUCAGAGUCGUCUCCUAAAUCCUAAUUUCUCCAGCGUCCGAUCUUCUCUUUCAACUACUCUCUCUCUUCAUCGCCUUCAACGCCGAUCCAUCUUACGCUUCGCCUUUAUUUACGCACUUCUCCAAUUCAUCGGGUUUAGUAUUUCAAAUUUAUGGCGGAUGCACCGACAAGUCCAGGCGGUGGAAGCCAUGAAAGCGGUGACCAAAGCCCGCGUUCCAAUGUUCGGGAGCAGGACAGGUAUCUUCCUAUUGCUAAUAUUAGUCGGAUUAUGAAGAGAGCUUUGCCUGCUAAUGGCAAAAUUGCUAAGGAUGCUAAAGAGACUGUUCAGGAAUGUGUUUCUGAGUUCAUCAGCUUCAUUACUAGCGAGGCUAGUGAUAAGUGUCAAAGGGAAAAGAGAAAGACCAUUAAUGGGGAUGAUUUGCUUUGGGCUAUGGCAACUCUAGGGUUUGAAGAAUAUAUUGAUCCUCUUAAGGUCUACUUGACUCGUUACCGGGAGAUGGAGGGCGAUACAAAGGGGUCUGCUAAGGGUGGUGAAACCUCGGGCAAAAGGGAUGCAAUGGGAAAUCAACAACCUCAGCUUGCUCAUCAAGGCUCUUUUAAUCAGGCCAUGAACUAUGGAAACUCGCAGGCCCAGCAUCUAAUGGUUCCUAUGCAAGGCCCGGAGUAGGUAUUACCUGCAAUUCAUUGAUAUUACAUAUAAUUGACGAUUUCAGUGACGGGGAGUUUUAUUACCUUCCCACUGAAGUCUGAAGUCCAUUUCAUCAGUGCUAUAGGAAAAACUUAUAUCAAGGAUACUUUUCUCAUUCUUAGCAAUUUAGGUUUUGUAGGGGCUGUUUGUCUCGUUUAUCAGGUAAGUCUGAUAGUUCUGUAUAUGAAAUUGUGAGCGGUUUGUCACAAGACGUAUAAGAGAUCCUAAUUAUAUCGACCUUGAGUGAUGCAUAAUUUAUUAUUAAUUUUUUUUAUUGAUUAUAUCAUUUUUGGUUGGCUCA